AUGUCUUCCAACAAGGUCAAUCUUACUCUCCAGGAAAGAAUCAACUCCGCCCGUGGUUACAAAGCGGCCUUAAACAAUCCACGCGUCUCGGAUGAGGCAAAGCAACACGCACGAGAGGCGCUGCCCGAAAUCAAUGAGCAAGAAGCCCGCCAGCAGCUUGAGCAAGAAGCCCCCCAGCAACAUGUGCCUUAUCACCGCGAAAGAAGCACCUCCGAGGACAUGGAAAGCCAGAUCCCAAGCUCCCCCCAGGACCGGGUAAAUGCGGCUCGUGGAUACAGAGCGGCUAUCCAUAAUCCACUUGUCUCGGAAGAAGGAAAGGAACAUGCGCGGAAUAUGUACGAAGGGAUGAACGAUGAAGAGGCCCGACAGGAGCUCUACCGUGCCCAAGGAAGGCCAAAAAAUCCUGUCCGAAUGGCAGCUGGAUUGAAAGCCGCUCAACGCAACCCGCGGGUCAGUGAAGAGGGUCACCGUAGAGCUACGGAGCAGCUCCAUGAGAUUGAGCACGACCGACCAGAAGAGUGA